UUUGACGGGUGGUCGGACGGUCAGAGGAAGGUGGUGCUGCGGGAUUUGGUGCUGAACUGCUCCGUGGAGCAGCUCAGGUUCCUGGGCCUCUGCGUGAGCGGACGUCUCCCCCUGCAGGCGGCCGACUUCACCUGCCUGCUGCCCAGAGCCCUCUGCCUUUUCCUCUUCUCCUUCCUGGACCCGCGCAGCCUCUGCCGGUGCGCUCAGGUGAGCUGGCGAUGGAAGAACAUCGUUGAUCUGGACCAGCUUUGGAUGCCCAAGUGUCUCAGGCUCGGUUGGUGCAUCAGCUUCUGCCCCACACCGUUUGAGCAGGGUCUCUGGAAGAGGCACUACAUCCAGACCGUAAAGGAGCUCCGACUCAGGCGGAUCCCCUUCUUCCAGCUGCAGGUGACGGCUCCAGAUGUUGCACCAAUCGGCAGUGCACACAAAAAGCCACAGGAGUUGCUUUUCGACAGCGAGGAGAGUCCCACGUGUACAUCCCAGCAAGGCUUUCGGUUGGAAGGGAAAAAGGAGAAGCAUUCAGUCACACAGCCACCAUGGAGAGACCCUGACAGACAUCCUAAAGAUACAGUACGCUUCAACUACCUGGACAACCUGGACCCAGUCGAACAGGCGCUGAGAUCGCGAACGAGAAGCAGGGCCUCCGUCUGCAACAGCAGCCCGUCCAAGAUGGAGGACGGGGAGAGGAAAACGCCAUCCGAGACCACUUACAAGCUGCGCAAAGCGAAGUCGCUGACUGUGCAACCAGCAGGCAUCAUGCAUUAUGGAGCAGAGUUUUACACACAAACGCAUGUUACUGAUGAGUUGGUGAUGGGGGAGGGAGGCAAAUUAUGCCGACCAUGGCGACUGAAGGAAAGAUGUUCCUUAGCUCCAGCUGUGGACCACAGCCCUCCCCCCCUCCUCCUCCUCCUCAUGACCAUCAUCCGGAUCAACAGACCCAAACACCCCCCCCCAUGGGCACCUCACACUCCAGACUACCCCAUCACCAAGGAGACCGCCAAGAGCCUGUUGAGCCUGGCCCAAUGGAAUGCGGGGAUCCAUCCGAGGCCAGUGAGGACGCCGGAGCUGGACACGGCUGACCGCCGAGGCGCUCAGAGUGUCCCGCCGCUCACACGGGAGCGCCGCCAGUGA